UGUCUAACUGUUCGGUGUCCUGCAGACCCUGCGGAGGAAAGGCCUGGGGCUGGAAGCUCCGGAUCUGGACAGCGAGGAGGCGAUCAGCACGGCAGCAGAGAAAUACCGGCAAAUGAACGAGGGCAUUGACCUGUCCAUCGGCCGCCAGCGGUACUAUGGUGCACCUCUCCUACCCUCAGAGGCACAUUACCUACUCUCAGGCCCCUGUGAGAACGGCUUCUCCAUGGGGAGCCCAGCCAGUGCCCACCUCAGCUCCCACAGACCCUCCCCCUACAAACCAGCGGGGCCCAGGGCUGCCCCCCAGCACUCUCCCGUACCCCCACACUCAGGGAUCGGCUACUCCAUGUUCUCCCACAGCAAUCAGAACCAUGCCCUGGAUACGAAGACUCCUCCCCCCCUGGAUCUGGGUGCGGAGAGCCGCAGAGCAGAGAUGCACGCAGCCCUAAGCGGGUCCCGAGCUGGCCUGGGCACUACG